AUGUACGCACCACAGUAUCCGACUCCUCCCCCGGGCUACAUGCCCUACGACCAUUUCCGCACCACGCCGCCAAUGUCUCCCGGUCCCGGCACCAGCUACUACUCUCCACGACACGCGCCCCAGAUGGCUACCCCACGAGCGAGCCCCAAGGUUCAGGCCCACUCUCGACGGGCUUCGCACGCCGUGCCGCCACAGUACCAGAGCUCCUACGCUCCCUCACCUCGCGGAGGGGCCAUGCCUCAGUAUGGCGCUGCAGACCCGCGCACAUACGCGACGCCGAGAGGCACCCCUGAAUAUGUAAGUUAUUUCGGUUACAAUAUUCCAACAAGUCGGCAUCGCCGCGACACAGACGUCCCGCCUCUCAAGCGCAGCAAUCGCGAGAGGAAGCGUCGUCCGUCGCAGUCGGCACGUCACGUCUACACCAAAGUUGUCUACGACGACCGAGGCUACGGCUACGAAUGCGACUACGACAUUCACGACUACCCACCACCGCCAUACGAGCAGUAUGCGCGCCACGACAUGUACGGGAGGGAUGCUGAUCACUAUUACUAUGAUCAGGUCCCUAUUUAUGAGCCAGAGCCUAAGCCAAGCCGUCAACGACGCGCCUCUGCAGCCUCCACACGACAGCCAGCUGCCUCACCGAAGAAGCCUGCGCCAGCAGCCAAGUCCGCCCCCAAGGCCACCGAAGAAGAUGCGCGCCGCGCUGGCAUUCCCGCCGGCUACUCGUACAAGAACUGGGAUCCCACUGAGGAGCCCAUUAUGCUUUUAGGUUCCGUUUUCGAUGCCAACUCCCUUGGCAAAUGGAUCUACGACUGGACCGUCUUCCACUAUGGCCCCGCAACCCCACUCGCCGAGAUGGCAGGUGAGCUUUGGCUCCUGCUCAUCCAACUCGCCGGCAAAGUCAAGAGGGCUGACGAGACCAUGCCCAAGAUCCGCAAGAAGGAGAACCACGAAAUGGUCGAAGACUUCCUAGAGAGUGGCGAACGCCUGUGGGUCCGCUUCGCCAAGCUCCUCAAGGUGUGCGAAGACUACAUGUGGAAGGCCGCUAAGAAGGAGAGCGGCAAAGAGAAGCCCGUUUCCAUGGGCAAGAACAGCGGCAAGGAGUUUGUCGAAUCCAUCUUCGGUCGCGACCGAGAACUUGAGAAGACCGAGAAGCUCAUGACUGGAAUGCGUCUCUGGUCUAUGCGCUUCGAUGCCAACUGCGAGGACAUCCUUCGAUACCCAUCUGCUUAG